GUUACAUACAUAAGGAAGGUAAUAGUCGAGCUGCCACGAAUAGAACUGCCCACUGUAGACGGUGGUGACAACGCCGUCGGUGUGCCCCCGUUAUGUGUAGCGUAGUGACCUACGCUCGAAUGUGUGAUUGCUACUAAGCACACUAUUGGGUUGCCCAUUCCGCAAUUUGUGCACUACUAUUCUCUGCUGAUGAAUUCAACUGUGUACAAUUUCCUUCGAACUUUGAGACGCUUUGACACCACUGGUGUUACGAUUCUCGUUUCUUUGCUUCUUCGGAGAUUUCUGUAAAUGAGGAGCUCGUAUUUGUUACGUAGCAAGUGCUGGGUUCACGAUUCUCAAUUGGUUACUGGGGAUUAGAAUUUCUUGCUGUUAAAUUUCUGUGCCUCCUACGACGUCGCUCUUAGAAUUUUGACUUGGUGCUUUGGUAGAAUUAUCCUCUUGUGAGGAGUUGUAUCCUAGAACAUUACUCAUUCCUUAUUCCUUUGUCGGAACGAUUUAGGUUUUACCCAAGUUACGGUGUCGGCUUCAAUGGAAUAUCUGAGUUUCGAUUAUGACCUUGUCAUCAUUCAAUGAGCGAUUGGACCCCUUGAAUGACUGUACCAGAACGAACAACUUAAAGCUGCUGUUGAGUCCCCGGAUCAACUCCUUUUGACGUUAUCACAAGACCUUGUCUAGGGUUUCCUCCAAGAUACGUUGCUCGAGGAGCUUGCAACAUGCCGAAGAUGCUCUUUAUCCGAAUUCGAUGCGCUCCUGUACUUACCCCACAUCCAAGUAUUUCUCGUAUUACGCAUCUGGCUGAGCGCUUCUUCUUGGCGCUUGAUAGGUUGCGUUAACAUGGGAGUGUAGAAUUCGUUGGCAUCAAUCAAUGCGAUUGGCCAUCUUCUGAAGAGAAGUGGAAAAAGCAAGAGGUCCUUUCUACAGGCUUUUGGAACUUCUCGUUUCAUUUUACGCAGCUGGCUUAUCUUUUACGUUGCCAAGGAGUCUCAUAGUGUAUUCGUCUCGGAUGUUCGGAUAUUCACCUUUGGCGGACAAGUUGUUUAGGAGUGCUCGUUGUCCUCCGUUGAUAGCGUGGUGAUUUGUUCUACUAUCUGUCCGGAGCUUCGUGGGUUUUAGGUUUUUACGGCGGACAUGGCGUAUAGCUCCUUUCAGCCUUCAUUCUCUUUCCUGGUAGCUUGAGCCGUUCUUCGUCUCGUGCAUUUUCGUUUGGAUAGAUUUGUUCAUAGUACGCUCACAGAUUACAAACUAGGUUCAGAAGAUUGUAUGCAUUGUGAAUAGUCUCACCGGAAAUAAUCCACUACGUAGUGCUUGACGACACGACUUUUUCUGAAUUAGCGUAGGUACGUUUCGUUCACCUGGACGAGUUGAUGCGAUGGUCUGAAGGGGAGCAGCAUUUACCAGACAGCUAUGAAGUUAGGGUGGCCUGUGUUGCUGGUCUUUGUGGCGUCAGUGUGGAAGAAAUUGCAGGUGUGGAUUCGCACGUGCGUCGCCAUCGCUGGCGUCAUUGCAGACGCCCUUCACGAAGCAGAAAUUGGCACACUACAUGUAGGGUGACAUCUUCUCUUUGUGUACUAGACAGGUUGCCGGUGAUUGUUCGACGUUUUCUGACUUGGAGCUUGGUUCUGAUGAAGAUAUAAAAAACUUGCAAUCAAGAGAUCGUCAAAGAUUCGUUGAGUAAUAGUCGUGUAGGUAGACGAUCUUUCUUGCUAGAUACCCUUUCCACUUGGACUGGUGGAGAAAUUAGGGUUGUCUGUCCAGCGGAUCAGGAUCUGUAAAUUGUGAAGGAAACGCUCAUCGUGAGGGAGCUCGUGAGUUUGGGCACGCACACAUCGAUGGAUGGCACUCAAAAGGAGAGCGAAGCGGUCACCGGCACCUACGAUGCGAUUGUCAUUGGUGCUGGAAUAAUAGGCAGCUCCACGGCUUACCAAUUAGCUAAACGGGGGAAGUCUGUUCUCCUACUCGAGCAGUUUGAUUUUCUUCAUCAUAUAGGGUCUUCACAUGGAGAGUCUCGAACGAUCCGGGUAACAUAUCCAGAACUUUAUUACACUAAAAUGAUGAAGGAAGCGUACCAACUGUGGGAAGAAGCUGAGACUGAAGCUGGAUACAUGGUAUACCAUCAAACUGGGCAACUUGACUUUGGUCCGCAAUCCAGCACUAGCUUGCACUCGGUAGUUUCUAAUCUGGUAGAGGAGAAUAUCGAACACGAAGUACUCACCCACGAAGAAUGUAAAGCCCGGUUUCCAAUCUUGAAAUUGCCUGAAGACUCACUCAUAGUGUACACAAAACAGGGAGGAAUCAUCCGGGCAUCUAAGGCUGUAGCUAUGUUUCAAGCACUUGCGCUUCGACAUGGCGCAACACUUCGAGACAGAGCCAAGCUUGUGCAAGUAUCUACGAGUUUAUCUUCCUCAGAUGGUUCAUUCGAAUAUGUUGUUGAAACCAGCCGGGGCACUGCUUUCGGAAGGACUUGCGUAUUAGCAGCUGGCGCUUGGACUCCUCAGAUUGUGAGAGAAUUGUCAGGUUUAGAGCUCCCCAUUGAGCCGUUGCACACAUCAAUCGCGUACUGGGAAGUAGUAGACUCCGAUCCAGAUGUUUUAUCUGCAGCCAAGGGCUUCCCAGUCUUUGCAGACUACGGUCUGCCAUACAUUUACGGUACACCCUCAAUUGAGUACCCUGGUCAAAUCAAAGUUUCUGUACAUAGUGGGACUCCUUGCGACCCCAACAAGCGUGUUGUCGCGCCGGAUAUGCAUCUUCUGCGGAAGGAAGUAAGCCCAUGGCUUGUGAGUCGGUUUGCAGGAACUGUGCAAUCUGAAUCUCCGAUUACAGCACUAGGGUGUAUGUACUCCAUGACUCCAGACGAGGAUUUCAUUCUAGACUUCCUUCCUUUGAAACCGAACGCCAUGUGCAGCACAAAUGGGUCAAUCCUAGUGGCAGCAGGAUUUUCAGGACACGGAUUUAAGAUGGGUCCGUUGAUUGGACGCAUUAUGGCGGACCUCGCCCUCAAUGGAACUGCUUCAAAUGUGCCACUGGAAAUUUUUUCCAUCAGGCGUUUCGAGAACACUUUGGGUAACCAGAAGGAGGAGUCACAGGUGAAGCCAGUGGUGCACUCCCCGCAUUUAUAGAAUUAAAUUCGUAUUAGUUGUAAAUGGUCUGAUCUACGAUGCUAUAUUCAAACCUUGUAGUGUGGCAGGCUUGCGCGUUGUAUCAAGAUUAGUAUAUAGGUCCUAUACAGAAAAGGUUCGCAUACUAAUGGCAGAUACCUUUCGGGCUUCUAGUUAAGCAAAUAGCGUUUAGGUGAUAUGAAUCAGCUGUACGAUGUUUGCAAGAAGUAAAUCACAUCUGUUUUUGUUCAUUCACCA